GUGACGUCACAGUAAAUGCGGAAGUAUCCCGUGGCCGAACAGCCUGUUUUGUUGUGUUUGUUAUUAAAGCACAAAUAAAUUCUUUUAUUUCUACAGAUUCGGUUACACACAUGUUUUAGUCUAAAUAAUCACCUGCAACAUGUCACAGGACCUGUGGUUACAGAAUUAUGAUGCCACAUGCAGACUCGCUCAGGAAGUUGCUGAGAACAUUCAGGAGAGGAACCGUCUGCAGAGAACCGGUGGGAACCCGGCCAAGCUGAACAUGUCCCUGCGAGCGUCUCUGCAGAAACUGAAGCAGAACAUCACACAGCUUAGAGAGACACUCGCUCGAGCCUCAUCCCAGCGCCGCAUCAUGCAGAGUGAAGCAGACCGGCGGCAGAAUCUGGUGGACGAUUUGGUGACAAGAGAGAAGCAGCUGUUCAGCUCUUUUAGCCGAGACUCGAGCGCACCGGAACCAUCACGGUCGGCAUUGUUGACAGGAGGAUUUGGGGCGGAGCCUGCACAGAAUCCAUGGCUGGUCACCGAAUCAGAGGAGACAAGAGGAUUAACGUUCAGAGAGAUCAAAGAUCAGCAGCAACGUAUCAUCCAGGCACAGGACGAAGGGCUGGAUGUUUUAGCAGAUGUGAUCAGCAGACAGAAGCGAAUGGGACAGGACAUCGGAAAUGAACUCGAUGAACACAACGAGAUCAUUAGUGACAUCACACAGCUGGUGGACACCACGGACAGCCGCAUCCGCAACGAGACGCGCCGCGUACAACUGGUGGAGACCAAGUCAGCUUCCUGUGGUAUGUUGGUGGUGAUCGUGCUGCUGCUCAUUGCCAUUGUUGUUGUUGCUUCUUGGCCUACAUGAACUGAUGAUGGACACACAGCUGUGAAAUACACACACACACACACACACACACUCUAUUUAAUAAUUUGGCUGUGUUAAUGUUUCGUUUUUUAACGCAGUAUUGAAGUAAAUCACUGUUUCCAAGUGUACGAAAGUAUAAGACACACAAACACACACACACACACACAAACACACACACAGUGCUUUAGACUGUCUCAUUACUGUAAGCAUUUACUAAUCCCACAUUUAUAAUAAACAAACAUUUAACAAUU